AUGUCGAUGCCGUGGGGGAAGGCGGUCUACAAAAAAAAGGAUGGGAUCAUAGCCGUCGCGGACGACCAGUCGCUGGUCACCUGGACUCCGACGGCAGGAGGUGCAGCAGUGUCUCUGCCUACUGUGAACAUUACGAACCUGCAGCAGACGCCCGACACGGCAGCCAAGGUGAUGCUGAAGAUCUUUGAGAAGCCACCAGGCUCCGACGGCGAGCCGUCGACCUACCUGUUCCACUUCAACUCGCCGACCGAUGCACGAACCGAGGCCAACGCGGUCAAGGACCUGCUCUCCAAGAUCCUGGCCGACAUACGCAGCAACGAUCCGAGCGUGCCGCGGCCGGCGGACACGGCACCGCCAGCAGCACCAACGCGACCGGACAGCGGCAGCACAUCCGCAGCCAUGUCGUUUGCCAGCGCGACUACAUCCAAGCCGACGGUGGCACGCUGGUUCGACGACAGCCAGCUCCGGGCAGACAUUGAGCUGCAGCAGUCGCUGAUGAAGAAGGACAAGACGCUGCACCAGACAUACAUGGAUGCGCAAAAGUCGAAGCCGGACUCGAUCUCGGACGCGUCCUUCAAUGGGCAGUUCUGGUCCACACGCACAACGCUGCUGCGGGCACACGCAAUCGAGACACACCAGAAAAAGGGGGCGUAUAACGUGUUGUCGACGAUCAAGCCGCGGACGGUCGACAAUGAGCUCAAGCUCAACAUCAGCGUCGAGCAGGUGCAGAUGAUUUUCAAGCAGCACCCGCUGGUCAAGCGGAUCUACAACGACAACGUGCCGCGCAUCUCCGAGUCGCAGUUCUGGGCCCGCUUCUUCCUCAGCCGGCUGUCGAAGAAGCUGCGGGGUGAGCGCGUGCUGGAUAGCGAACGGGCCGACCCCAUCUUUGACCGGUACGACGAGUCGGACGACACCAUCGCCGCCAGCCUGAUCCUGUCGGCCCAUGUGCCCUACACCAUCGACCUGGAGGCCAACGAGGAGGACCAGGGUGGCUUUCGCGGCGGCAACCGCAAGGACGUCGAGAUGCGGCCGCGCUCCAACAUCCCCAUCGUCCGCACGCUGAACAGUCUGAGCGAGAAGAUCAUGGCCGGCGUCGCGCCGUCUGACCCGGACCCGACCACGAGCGAGGUCGUCGACGCCGGCACGCAGGCGGGACUGGAGCUGGCUGACCUGCGCGGCGAUAUCGAGGCGCGACGCAUCGUACUCCACGUGCGCGAGCAGAGCCGCUUCUUCAACCAGGACCCGGCUGACUCGGCCGACACAGACACAUACCGCCAGCAGGUACCGUCCGAGGUGCUGUUUGACGUGCAGGCCGACAUCGACACGCUCGAGGGUGACGGCGCCGGUGGCAUUGAUCUGCAUGCCGGCAUCGGUGUGGACGAGGAUAGCGAUAGUGAUGGUGAGGAUGGCCAGGCUCGCGGCAGCCACGUCGGGUCGCGCGCAGCGCGACAGGCGGCCCAGAAACAGCUCUUUGCGGCCAUUGCACAGCGGAGGUCGGAGCGGUACGGCCACAGCGCAGACGAGCAGGCGCCCAUGGGCAUCCCGGCCGAGAUCGCCCAGAAGGCGUACCUGACCAACGCGACCACGACCGAGUUUCUGCGGCAGUUCUGGAAUGCCUUUUUGUCGGGCGACGCCGACCGCGCGCAGGAACUGGCACACCACGUUGAGGCGCUCAGUAAAUCACUGGGACGGAUUGAGGCUAUCGCCGACGAGGCCGAACAGGCUCGUAACCGUGUCAUUGCCGAGAAGAAGGAGGAGAUCCGCGUGCUCUACAGUCGCACCGGCAAGCGGCUGCGCUGGCGCCCCGAGAUGAUCGGUGGCGGCCGGCGCGCCGUCCAGGUGCUGCUGGGGCCAACCAUUCACGGCCUGCAGACAGCCCAGGACCGGUAUCAGGCAGCAUUGGCAGCCGAGGGGCUGAAGCUGAGCACGGAGUCGACUGCAUAUCGGCGCCAGAGAAGAACAACGAGCCAGCGCUCGUUCCGGUCUGCCCCCAGAAGCGACUUUCGCAACCCCGAUGCGCCGGGUGUCAUGCGGCAAGCCUUCCGGAUGCGCCCCAUAGGGACGCCGGCCCUGCAUGCGGCACCGAGCCUGUAUCGAUAUCGAUAUCGAUAUCGAUAUCGAAGCAUUGGCUCCUGGACUCUUGCAUUUGCUCGCCGCUUCGGUCUCUCGGCCGCCCAGCGAGCACGACCAGACGACGAUGCGGCUGCCGAGGAUAAGGCCCGGCCGGACGGUGACACCGAGAGCCCCGACGUUCCUGUCAUCUCGACCUCGUCUUCAACCUCGACAUCCUCCCUUUCCUCGCCAGCUCCUCCACCAGAGACCGACAAGCCGACCGAGACAGAAGCACUGCGGGACGCCUUCUCCGGUCUCGUCGGCCGCGGCCGCUCGUCGAGACACCGCAGCCCAGAUGGUCUGCCACCCGUUCGCCUGCCCGACUGGUUUCUCCGCGAGAACGUGCGCCGCUGGGAGACGCCAUCACUGCCGUCAGCCCAAAACUCCAUCAGCCACAACUUGGCCGAAGCUCGACGGCUGAUGUUCCCCAACAUUGCUCCCCAACCGACGACAGCAGCAACGCCACCGCCGACUGCCGUCCUGGACGCCGAGCGUGAGCGCAUGCAGCAGUUCUUCGAGUGGAUGCUCCAUGGUGCUGCCUGGGACGCGAACAAGGUGGCCGAUGCUGCUGCUGAUCUGCGGCGCGGCUAUCUGGAUGCUAUCACGAACCGCAGCACCGCUGUGGCUGCCGCUGCUUCGUACCUGACAGCUGCGCUCGCCGAAGAAGCCGGUCAGGCUGACCUGUCAGCCAAGAUCGAUCCCGACAACGCGCUGCACAUCCCCGAGGUGCUCUCCCGGCCGGCUUACCGCGACCACGUCAGGAGCCUGACCGAACACGGAAUUGACGUGUGUGUCAGCCCUGGUGCUGACCAGGACGUGGCCCGCGGGCUGCCGUUCAACUACGACUACGGCGAGCGGAUCGGCUUCACGGAGCUCUGUGCCACCGUUGCCGCCGAGCUGCGCGCCGUGUCUCCUCCGGCCAGGCCGGCCAAAGACUUCAAGCGGCCCAUUUCCGUGCUUGCUUUGAUGAAUUAUACCGGUCGCGGCAAGGCUGUCUCGGUCGUCGAAAACGUGGCCAGGAGCCUCUCGGCUGACGUGGUCCAUCUCGAUGCUGCUGCUAUCGCUGAGAUCGUCGGCUCGUAUCUCGGCCAGACGGCCUAUUGGGCCCGCGGUAGCCUUUCGAUGCUCGGCUACACCAUGGCCGAGAAGAACGGCCGGCUGGCACGGCGAUAUCCGACCAAGCGAGACGAAGAAGACGACGACGAUGACGAUCACCUGGACUCAUCCAUGGUUAUGUCUCGGCUUCCAAUCGCCUUUAUGCGCCAGUCUGGCCUCGGCCCGCGCCUUUCGUCCAAGGCCUUUCCCUCCGACAUGGACGACAAGUGGGACGACCUGAAGACGAACAACGUCCUCGAGGCUAUCGUCAAGGCGACCACGACCACGACCACGACCACGACAGUCUCGGCUGAACCGCGCAAGAUGAUCCUGCACGUGCACAACUUCUUUGAGCUCAGCUCGACCGUCGAGGGCUCCGAGAUCCUCGCCAAGCUGCGCACCAUUGUCGACCGGCUCUGGCAACGCCGCCACCACCGGAUCGUGCUUGUCGGCUCGGCCUCAACCCAUGCCGACGUCAAGCCCAGCCUGGUCGAGCGGGCCGAGGAGCUGCGUCUCGAGGGCUACCACAUCAUCCCGUUCCGCGUGCAGCGCACCGCCUCGACGCCCUGUCUGGCCGAGCAGAUGGAGCGCCAGGACUACUUCAGCGAGAACAUGGCCAACAUCCGCGCCAUGACGACCGCCCUGACGGCCGGCUCUCUGCAGCCGCCUGCCACGGCCUGGGACUGGGCCCGCUGCCGCGAUGACGUCGACGAGACGCUGCAGGCCAGCUUGUCGCACGUGGUCUAUGACAUUGACUGGGUGUACCGGCUGGUGACGUUAGUGCUCGGCAGCACGGCCGACAAGACGCCGCGCUGCGACGAGAAGAGCUUCGUGGCGGCCCUGCGCGCUAUCGGCGGCGAAGAGCUGUGGUGGGAGAAGCGGGCCGGAGCCAAGGCACCGUACUUCUAUCCGCUGAGCACGACGCCAGACGCAGCCUUUGACCGCAGCAGCAGCGAGCCCGGCGAUCCGCAGCAACAGCAGCAACAGGCUCAGACGACGACCGAGUACAACGAGUACGAGAAAAAGCUGCUGGCCAACGUGAUCGACCGCCAGGCGAUUGCGACGACGUUUGCCGACGUUGUGUGUCCGGCCGAGACAGUCGACUCGCUCAAGGCGCUGACGUCGCUGUCGCUCGUGCGGCCCGAGGCCUUUCUAUACGGCGUGCUGGCAACGGAGCGGAUCCCUGGCUGUCUGCUGUACGGACCACCCGGCACUGGCAAGACGCUGCUGGCCAAGGCCGUGGCCAAGCAAGGUGGCGCCAGCAUGAUCGAGGUCAGUGCCGCCAGCAUCAACGACAUGUGGCUGGGCAACAGCGAGAAGAACGUGCAGGCGCUCUUCUCGCUGGCCCGCAAGAUGGCCCCCGUCGUCAUCUUCCUGGACGAGGCCGACGCGCUGCUGGGUGCCCGCCAGACCGGACCUGGUGGCCGUGCUGCCCACCGCGAGACCAUCACCCAGUUCCUCCGCGAGUGGGAUGGCCUCAAGAGCAUGAACGCCUUCAUCAUGGUGGCCACGAACCGGCCCUUUGACCUGGACGAGGCCGUGUUGCGUCGUCUGCCGCGUCGUAUCCUCGUCGACCUGCCGCUUCGGCCCGGCCGGCUGCGCAUCCUCGAGGUCAUGCUUCGCGACGAGCUACUUGACUCGGCCGUCGACCUCAACCAGCUUGCCGCCGAGACUGAGCUCUACUCCGGCUCUGACCUCAAGAAUCUCUGCGUCGCCGCCGCCAUGGAGGCCGUCCGCGAAGAGGUCCGCGCUCAGGACGCCCACGUCGGCCCCGACCCGUUUGUUUUUGCCGACCGCCGCAUCCUGCGGCGCGCCCACUUCGACCGCGCCCUGCAGGACAUUGGCGCCAGCAUCAGCGAAGACAUGGCGUCGCUGCAGGCCAUCCGCCGCUUCGACGAGCGCUACGGCGACCGCCGCCGCAAGAAGCGCCGCCACAUGGGCUUCGAGGUCGCCCCGACCCAGCUCAACUCCGAGGCCGCACUGGUGAGACAGGCUGUGCCGUGA